AUGAAGCUCCAGCGUGACAAGCUCCACCAAUACCAGAAGCGCAUCACCCUCCUGACCGACAAGGAGACGGCCAUCGCGAAGCAGAUGCUCGCCAAGGGCGACAAGGACAAGGCCCUCCUCGCCCUGCGCCGUAAGAAGUACCAAGAAUCCCUCCUCGCCAAGACGGACGCCCAGCUCGCCCAGCUGCAGCACCUGACGUCCAACGUCGAGUUUGCGCUCAUACAGAAGGACGUCAUGUUCGGCCUGCAGCAGGGCUCGCGCGUGCUCAAGGACAUCCAGGCUGAGAUGGGCGGCGUCGAGGGCGUCGAGCGCAUGAUGGGCGAGAACGCCGAGGCCCUCGCGUACCAGAAGGAGAUUGCCGAGCUGCUCAAUGGGCGCAUCUCCAACUCGGAGGAGGAGGAGGUCGAGGACGAGCUCGCCGAGAUGGAGGCCAGGCUGCACGCCGGGAAAGAGGUGGCGCAGGGUGUGCCGCCGCAGAGGCACGAUCUGCCCGUUGCGCCGGAUACGGAGCUCACGAGACCGACGACGGAAGAGGAGGACGAGGAACAGCCGCAGAGGGUGAGGCAGGCGGAGAGGAGACAGAUGGUGCCGGCAUGA